GUGAAAAGUCACACACAGUUCGUUCGGUUCGAGUGAGUGGAGAAAUAAUUAUUAAAUCUCUCUAAUAAUUACGAGUAUUAAAGCAGUUAUGUUCUUAACAUAGCAAUCGAGACACUAGUGCUCCUAUCUGGGAGACCUUUUCGUGCGCGUGUGUGUUGUGUGUGAUUGUGUGCUGUGUGUGCGUUGUUUGUUGUGCCCUCCAUUUUGUUGUUUUAUGCAAUUUACUGGAAAACUUUGCCAACCGAGGCUGCCUGCGUGCCAUUUUUUUAUUGCCCCCAAAGAGUAUUGCCCACUUUCCAUAUCGCACUACACGUGAGAGUGAUGACGUCCACCAGCAAUCUGGCCGAUGUUGUUCGCCACUAUCAACGCAGCAUUGAACGUCACAACGAGGAUGAGACACGCCUGCUACACUGCAUCACGAAGCUGUUUAACCUGCCGAUCACAUUCGAGCACCUGCAGGAAACGGGCAUUGGCAAGACGGUGAAUGCGCUGCGCAAGAUCAAUGGCGAGGUCGGCGUAGCUGCCAAAACUCUAGUCACGAAAUGGAAGGCGAUGGUCGCUGCCGAGGAGGAGCCGACAACAGUUCAGAGUAGCCACAGCAACAGCAAUGAGGACGACUCGAAUCGCUCGACGAAUGGUCGACGCUCCAGCGAAGAGGAUCAGGAUCAGGAAAACAAGGGCAGCAACAGCUCGGGCACCGAGGAUACGCGCAGUACACAAAAGCACAAGUCCUCUAAGUCGCACGAGGAGCGACGUCCCAAGUCCAGUGAUCACAAGAGCAAAUCCAGCAGCAGCAGUCACAGCCACAGUCACAACAGCAGCAGCAGCAAGAGUCACUCGAAGAGCAGAUCGGAAGGCGAGAAGAAACACAAGAGCAGCAGCAGCGAUGAGAAGUCGAAGCAUCGUAGCAGCAAGGAGCAGAAAAGCAGCAGUAGCAGCAGCAAGUCCAAGGACUCGAUUAGCAGCCACAGUAAUGCCAAGAGCACCAGCGAGAGCAGCAAGCAAAAACAUCACAGCAGCAGUAGCAGCAGCCAUAAAAGUGAUCACACCAAGUCGAAGCACGAGAAGAGCAAGGAGGACAAAUCACAGCAUCACAGCAGCGAACAAAAGGUGGCCAAAGACAAAUCGGAUAAACACAAAUCUUCCUCCACGUCAACGUCAGCCAAAUCAUCUUCAUCAUCAUCAUCGAAGCGAACACGCAGUCCACAGCGACUGGACGAGGAGUCGCCCAAGUCAAAGAAACCAAAAAGCAAACCCAAAGCUGAUGUUGUGGAGCAGAAGGAGACUGCCGAUGGCUUUGAUUCCAGCAUGGGCGCCAAUUUCGAUGAUGUGCUCGGCAUGCUCAAUAUGCCGCUAAGUGGCAAGAAGAGUGCCCUUAAGCCGAAGAUUUCCCCCAACAAACCAACGCCAACAAUUGCAACUAACACAUCAUCUGCCGCUGCUUCAAAUUCAGCCAAGCGAUUACCUCCAACUGCAAGUGUUCCCAGCAACAUGAGGCUCACCAGCACCAGCACCAAGAAACCAGAACUUCUGGCGCCCUCGGCUAAACUUGAGCCAUUGGAUCCCAGCAUAGCCCUCGAACUGCCAACCAUAUCGAACAACUACAAACCUAUGCCUCUCAACCAAACGGUCAUGGAUGUGGUCUUCAAUCACGGUGUCAGCAGCAGUGUCCACAGGGCGCCGAGGAUCAAUGAAUCGGAGGCAUUGGCAGCUGGAAUUUCAUCCAAGACAAUGCGCACCAAGAUCUACUCAGGCGUCAGAACCGGACAAAUUCUGCAGGUGCCAUCGCUCUUCGAUCUCUGUAUUCGAGUACUGCAGAAGAACAUUGAUGCUCUCGAGUAUACGGGUGGCGUGCCCUUUGAGGUGCUGCGGCCCGUCUUGGAGCGUGCCACACCGCAUCAGCUAUUGAAUUUCGAGGAGUACAAUCCAUAUCUGAUGGAGGACAGCGAUGUGCUUUGGCAGCAGCAUGUGCACCGGCAUUAUCGCGGUCAACGCCGCGAGGAAAUGGAAACAUGGCGAGAAAUGUUUUUGCGAUGCGAGGAUGAAAAGGCACGCAGGCUGAGCACGAUCGCCGAGAACAUAAAGGCAUCACAGAAAAUCAGUGAGGCGCCUGUGCGGAAAACUCAAUUGGCUUUUGUUGACUCAAUGGUGAAGCCACCGCGCAGUGUGCAACGCAAGCAGGAGCAAUAUGGCACCAAUCGCAAGCUAAUUGCCACCCCAGCAGCUCGUGUGGCGGCGCUGUCCAAUGUGACGCCCAAUGCUGCCAAGGUGGGCGAUGCCAGACUUCGAGUUCUUGGCUCAGCGCGCGAUGCAGCACAAGUUUCUGCGGCUCCGAUGCGAAACAAGAAGGCACCACUCAUGGCCAAGGCGCUGCAGCUGAUACGCGGACGGCAAAGGCGCUAGGCAAAGUCAAUUAUAAUGAUAUCGGAUUAUAGUUAUGCAUAUACUCAUUUGUUAUUUAUAACACCCACUUUUGUUCCGAUGAUCUUAUGGGAUCGUUGAUAACACAGACUUCAAGUUCCACAAUGCAAAAAAGAAAACACAAUUCAUAUGUCAACCAAUCAAUCAAUUAGUUAAUUAUCAUGUCUAAUGGGCAAACUAUAUAAAUAUUUUUUUGUACGGCAUACCAAUUAAUUUAUUCAUGUUUUUACCCCAUAUUUAUGCAUGUAGCUCAUAAGUUCUAAAAUCGAAUAGUUAAGCCUCUUGUUAAAACAUUUAUGUAUCACAGUUUGUCAACCAAGCGACAUCUAAAUAACUUUUGGCUGGUUGCAAACUAAUUGUACAAUAUCCACAAAUCGAUUUAUUUUAAGCUUAAGUUUUGAUUAUGUUUUGUUCCAAUGGGCUGUGCGAGUGUCCAAAAUAAUUGUGAGUACAUACAUUUGAUUGUACAUAGAUUCAGAUACAGAUACUUACAUAUACGAGUAUAUAUAUUCAAUAUAUAGUUGAACCCAGCAGCUGUAAUUAGUCGAUAACUAUUGAAUUCAAUUUGACUUCUAUUUUUAUUCAAUUCAAUUCAAUUGAUUCAAUGCAACUUAUCUAUUGUUAAUCAGCACAUUAGCUGAAUCAGCAGCGAUGCAGAUGAUGAUGAUCAUGAAUAUGUAUGUAUGUAUAAUAGUUAUAUACGAGUAUAUACACGAUGGCGAUGGAGAUUGAAAGCAUCACGAAUUAGUAUAUUAUUAAAGUAAAAGAACCUAUCCUAUAUAUUGUGAAAUUGGACUUGUUGAAGCAAAUGGAGAAGCAGGAGGAGUCAAAGACGUAAACAGGAAGAAAACACGUUGUUCCACUUGAUAGUAACAGUAAUACUUAUUAUACAGACUUAUUACAAAUAAAUUAUUUUAAAACAA